AUGGACCUCUUGCCUCCUCCAUUCGAUAAGUGCGCCAUCCCAGGUUGCAACAAUCCGGCAGACGACCAACGCUCCCAUGCUUGCGAUCUUGGCUAUGGCCAGACCAUCAAAUAUUGCAGUGUUCAAUGCCAGGAAAAGGUUCGUAGAAAACCCCCAAUCAACAGCUCCUCUGGCCAUGAAGCGUCGCGCGAAGCGUGGAUAGCGAGUUUGCCUUUGCACCUUGUCAACGUUCGCACAACUAACAGCGAGCUCUCGAUCGUGCAGGUCAUUCAACGCUUGAUCGAGGUCCCAGCCUACUUCACUUUCCACAAGUUGAACACUCUGGAGCAGGAAGGUGGCUCGUGA